UAAUCCUAAUUGCCUUCUCUUUCAUUCCGAAUAAUCAAACUUUUGAGAGGAAAAAAGGAGGAGAGAGAGAGAGAUUAUUGAUGUGGUGGAGAUCGGCUUCUUUUAUUCUCGACAAGGGUCAGAACGACGAAGUGCAGGACGAGAGCGAGAGCCUCCGCCUCUCCCCAUCCAACACCUCCAUGGCCGACACUCUCCAAAACCCUAACCCUAAGAUUUCAGCCUACUACCAGACCAGAGCGGAUCACCACGGCGUCGUCACCAGCGACUGGCUCGCCCAAGCUCAGGCCGCCGUUGGCCGCCACCCCGACGACCUCCCGCCCCCCAAGGUCGAAGAUUCCGGCAAGCCUUUUAGCGUCAUCGAUGAGUUCAAUAGCUGGCGGAAGCAGCCCGAUUUGGCCGAGGCGGUGGCCGCGAUUCGCGCUUUGGCGUCGGUGAUUCGGUUCAGCCAGGCUACCACCAUGAUGGAACUGGAGAUUGAGCUCAAGAAGGCUUCCGAUUCUCUUAAAUCAUGGGACACAACCUCCAUCUCUUUGACGGCUGGCUGCGAUCUGUUCAUGCGAUAUGUGACAAGAACUUCCGCUUUAGAAUAUGAGAACUUUAAUUCAGCUAAAUCUCGUUUGAUUGAGCGUGCAGAAAGGUUUGGAGAGAUAUCUUAUAAGGCACGCAGAAUCAUUGCAAUGCUUGGUCAAGAUUUUAUAUUUGAUGGUUGUACCAUUUUGGUGCAUGGUUUCUCUAGAGUUGUCUUGGAAGUUCUGAAGACAGCAGCACAGAAUAAGAAACUCUUUCGAGUUUUCUGCACAGAGGGAAGGCCAGACAGGACAGGACUACGACUAUCCAAUGAAAUGGCAAAGCUUGAUGUUCCUGUGAAGCUCUUAAUAGACUCAGCAGUGGCAUAUACUAUGGAUGAGGUUGACAUGGUAUUUGUUGGGGCUGAUGGAGUAGUUGAAAGUGGAGGUAUAAUUAACAUGAUGGGGACAUAUCAAAUCGCAUUGGUGGCUCACAGCAUGAACAAACCAGUUUAUGUUGCUGCUGAAAGCUACAAGUUUGCUCGUCUCUAUCCAUUGGACCAGAAAGACAUGGCCCCCGCCCUACGCCCCAUUGAUUUUGGGGUUCCCAUCCCUUCAAAGGUUGAGGUUGAAACAUCUGCACGGGAUUAUACACCUCCUCAGUAUCUCACAUUGCUCUUUACAGAUCUGGGUGUUCUCACCCCAUCUGUGGUUAGUGAUGAACUCAUUCAGCUAUACUUAUAGUCACUUGUGGAUCUAAUUCUGUUUGAUUUUGUUGAAUAGGAUCUGGUCGCCCCCACCUGAUGGUUUUCUGAUAGAAGACGUAUGGAAGGGCGACACUGUAUUCAUGCACAAAAGUGCAAAUUGGGUUAAAGUUAACUUUAGUAUAACGAGUUCGAUAAAUUUUUGUUCAUUGCUUUUCAGUAAUGAAAAAUGCAGUUUGCUUCUA